AUGCUACAAGAUCUAUUCAAACGAGCCGAAGGCCCCAUAGUCGAAGGCUCCUCCUCGCUAUACGACAACUCGGCCUUCGACGCCGCCCAGCUGUCGAUGCUAGCGAUAGCCUCGGCCAUGAUUUGGAUCAUGAUUCCCGGUUUGGGGUUUCUUUACUCGGGCUUAGCCCGUAGAAAAUCUGCAUUGUCCAUGUUGUGGGUCUGUUUCAUGGGCUCCAUGGUCGGAGUGUUCCAGUGGUACUUCUGGGGCUACUCGCUCGCCUUUUCCGCUACCGCGUCUAACAACUUCAUCGGUGACUUACACUACUUCGGGUUCAAAAAGAUCAACCACUUCGUGGAGGGUGCCACCUAUCCCACCGUUGUCUAUGCUCUUUUCCAAAUGCAGUUUCUCAUGGUGACCCUUGCCAUUGUCGCCGGUGCCACCACCGCCGAAAGAGGUAGAUUCUUGCCUGGGAUGGUGUUCUUGUUCCUCUGGGCGACCGUCGUUUACUGUCCGGUUGUUUACUGGGUGUGGAACCCGAACGGAUGGGCUGCCAAGUGGGGCGUCUUAGACUACGCGGGGGGUGGCCCCGUGGAAAUAUUGUCUGGCUGCAGUGGCUUCGUCUACUCGGCCUUUUUGGGCAGAAGAAGAGACAGUGGGUUGUUCAACUACAGGGCGCACAACAUCUCCUUUAUUAUGUUGGGAUUGACCUUGCUUUAUGUCGGCUGGUUGUUUUUCAACGGUAUGUCUUGCUUGGCUGUCAGCGUUAAGGUGCCGUAUGCCAUGAUGAACACCCACUUGACUGGUGCAUUUGGUGCCAUGACCUGGGGGAUUUUGGAUUGGAGAAUGGAAAAGAAAUGGUCUACCGUUGCCCUCUGUUCCGGCUGUAUUUCUGGCUUGGUUGCUGCCACACCUGCAUCCGGUUGUAUCCCCCUCUGGGCCUCCGUUGUCUUGGGGGUUGUCGCCGGUGCCGUUUGUAAUUUUGCCACUGGGUUCAAGUAUUUGGUGCACGUUGACGACUCUCUCGAUGUGUUGGCCGAGCACGGUGUUGCUGGGAUUGUCGGGUUGCUUUUCAACGCUUUGUUUGGCGACAAGUACGUUAUCGGUUUGGACGGUAUCACUGAGCACGCCGGUGGCUGGUUGAACCACAACUACAAGCAGUUGUACAUCCAGUUUGCCUACAUCAUUGCCUGUAUUGCAUACUCCAGUGGUGUCACUGCGGUCUUGUGUUUUGCCAUCAACAAGAUUCCGGGCUUGCAUUUGAGAAUCACUCCUCAGGCCGAGGAGAACGGGGUAGACGAGGACCAGAUUGGUGAGUUUGCCUACGAUUACGUGGAGGUCAGAAGAGACUUCUUGGCCUGGAGCGAUCCUCAACAAGAAAAUGAGGGUAAAGUCUCUCCUCAACAGGCUACCAGCACCCACGAAGUGGAGGCGAACCAUGCCAGCGAGCAGUAUCCUGAAGUGAUGGAUGCCGCUGAAGAGACCAGCGGCACAACCAGCACCUCUGUUCGCGAGAAGAGGGAGUAA